AUCUCCAUGCCUUAGUCUCUGACCUUCUACAGGAACCAUGCAAGCUUUUGUUUCCAGGUCGUAUCUGGCUCCUGUGAAGGAUGAAGAAGCAGAAUCUCAGAGGAAAGCAAAGUCCCGCCAUGCCCGGCAAACUCGCAGGUCAACACAGGGUGUGACUCUCACAGACCUGAAAGAGGCUCAGAUGAGCUACAGCCUGUCUCAUCAAGACAGAGAGAAAGAGGAAGAAAGCACUCAAGGAAACAGGCUGUGUCUGAGAAGAGGCUUUGCAGAUGACACAGGAGAUCAGAUUAGCCUGACUGAGUCCAAAGAAACAUCUGAGUUUACUCUGAAGUGGACCCAAAUAGACAAGGAGGGGAACAUUGAGAACAGGUUAGAGACUGUUCCAGAAUCUCCAAACCUGUCGAAUCUGUCUGCAUCUGGAUACCAUGGUUUCCCUCAAAGCAAUAGCUUCUUCAGAGUUGGUGAAACAACGUGGAGAGAUGAAAACCAGAAUCCAGUUGAAGACGCAGCACAGCUCACAUUUUCUACGGAGCUCCAGCAAAGAUACCUGUGCUGUGAUGCCAAGGCCACAGAGGUGUGUGAAAAUCCUUCAUCAGAUUUCACUUUUACUCCAUCCUGCAACCAGGAGAAAGAUGAGUUGAGUGUUAUUUUACCACUAGAUGGAGCCAAAGCGGUGAGGAUCCAUGACAGGCCGCCUAUUACCGGAGCCAACCUCUACAUGACUCUUUGA